GGACAGCUGAGUGUCAGAAGGACACAGGCUGCUUUGAAAAGGUAGACUUUUGAGAGGCCUGCCAUCACUGCUGCAACUGCUUUGAACAACGAACAUUUCCAAAGGUGAAACUUGAGAUUGGCUGCUAUUUUCUCCAACUUCCCUGAACUCUCUUCAACUGGAAUGGUUCUCUGAGGACCUUAAACUGCUGUAUUUUCAUCUUGACUCAAUCCCAAAUGGAAAAGUAUCUGAAGAAUAUUCUUGUUGUCUCUUUUGGAUUCUUGCUUCUGUUUACUGCUUAUGGAGGGCUCCAGAGCCUACAGAGCAGUCUCCACUCUGAAAAAGGCCUGGGUGUUGCCUCUCUGAGUGUUGUCUAUGGAGCUCUUAUCCUGUCUUCCAUGUUUCUCCCACCAAUGCUCAUUAAGCAAUUUGGAUGCAAGUGGACCAUUGUAGGCUCCAUGUGCUGCUACGUUGCUUUCUCCUUGGGCAACUUCUAUGCCAGCUGGUAUACCCUGAUUCCAACGUCUAUGAUCUUGGGUCUAGGAGGAGCACCUCUCUGGUCUGCUAAAUGCACUUAUCUCACAAUUGCUGGUAACUCAUAUGCACAGAAAGCAGGAAAAAUUGGAAAAGAUAUUAUCAACCAGUAUUUUGGAAUCUUCUUUCUGAUAUUCCAAUCUUCUGGAGUCUGGGGAAAUCUUAUAUCUUCUUUAGUGUUUGGCCAGUCUCCUAACACAGAUAUCUCAGAAGCAGAUCUGACAUGCUGCGGUGCACAUGACUGCCUGGGGGAAUUAGAUAGAAACGGCACUAAGGGUCCAAACAAACCAAGUGAUACCUUAAUCUACACUCUGCUUGGAAUUUAUACAGGUAGUGGGGUGCUUGCUGUGUCGCUGGUUGCUGUAUUUCUGGAUCAAAUCUCAGCCAACAAAGAAGAGGGCAAAAAAGAGAAAAUACCAUCAUUCCGUUCCACUUUCUUGGCAACAUUCCGACAUCUUAAAGAUGUGCGCCAGUGUCUCCUGAUUCCUUUGACCAUGUACAGUGGAUUUGAACAAGGAUUUCUUGCUGGUGAUUAUACCAAGUCCUAUGUGACCUGUGCCCUUGGGAUAAAUUAUGUUGGCUAUGUGAUGAUCUGCUUCUCAGCCACAAAUUCACUCUGCUCAAUGCUCUUUGGGAAGAUUUCCCAGUUCACAGGCAGAAAAGCUCUAUUUGUACUGGCGGCAAUUAUCAAUCUUGCCUGUAUAAUAACAUUACUACUCUGGAAACCUCACAGAGAGUAUCUUGCUGUAUUCUUCAUAAUACCUGCACUCUGGGGUAUUAGUGAUGCUAUCUGGCAGACCCAAACCAAUGCUCUUUAUAGUGUUUUAUUUGAAAAGCACAAGGAAGCUGCAUUUGCUAAUUAUCGCCUGUGGGAAUCACUGGGAUUUGUCAUCGCCUUUGGCUAUAGCACUUUCUUACAAGUCUACAUCAAACUGUAUAUUGUCUUGGCUGUACUGGUGGUGGCCAUUGUUUUAUAUGGAACAGUUGAGUACCUGGAAUCCAAGACUUCUGGAAUAUCCAACACUACCAAUAAGGAGCCGAACAAGCAGGCACAAACAAAUAUGUAAGGUGCAAUGCUGUCCCACUACUAACUUCAAUUUUAUGCAUGGAUUUUCUUGGGAUACUAGUGAUAGGGCUGAUGUCAAUAAAAGCAGCACCCCACAGAACUAGGGCCCCAGGAAGUCUUCUCCUAAAGGCUCAAAACUGAAUAGAAAGAAAGGACGGAUGGAAAGCAAUAACAAAAGCUGCUUUUCUCAUAAAACUUUAAAAUACUAUAAACUUUAUCCAUGCAGAGUUAAUCUUCUCGCUACUCAUGAAGAUUUUGUGUUUAGUUUGUUUUACCUUUAGUGGGGAAAUCAUUAAUCUUGUUCUGUACUAUUUCUUGCAUCUGAGUGGCAAACAGUUUACAAGCAUACCACUUCUCUUACCAGACUAGUAGAAGCAAAGAUUAUUUUUUCACACACAAGAUUCCUGGGUGACAUGUCACAUUUUAAAGAUGUGAGACAUGUUUGAUAUUUAGUGCAAAUAAUUAUGAACAACAGAACAUAAGAUUCUUUCUGGAUCAAACCAGUGGUCUACCUUGUCAACGUUUCUGUCUCACACAGUGGCCAUCCAGUUAUUGUGAAGGGUCAACAACACACUGUAGAGCCUCAGGCCAUGCAUCUUAUCUCUAGUAUUUAGAAGUUUACUGCCUCCGACUGUGGAGAUUCCCUUCAGGCACCAUGGCUAGUAGUCACUGAUGGACUUUCAAAGUGAUCGAUGCCAUCAUUAUAUCCUCUGGCAGCAAAUUCUGCAUUUUAAUUACUUGUUGAGAAUUUCUAUAAAAUGAUGUAUCACUGGUAUUUGUCACCAGAGAAACUGGCAAAAAUGUAUUAAAAUGUUCUGAAUGUGUGUAGGAAAUGUGAACCUA